AAUGAAAAUAAAAAAAUAGAAAUAAAAUAAAAAUAAAAGAAAAGUAGAACUAUAAUAUGAAUGAUAUUUAGAAAAAAAAAAAACCAGUAUACAGCGUAAUUUCUUCAAAAUAAAAUACUAUUCACAUGUUUAUUCUUAAUGUGAGAAGCUUACCCGGCCCGACCUUGACAGGUGUAAGAGAUACCAUACGGCUUUUUCUCUGACUGGCAACUUCAAAAAUUUUCUCGCCAAACAAACACAGUUUUCAUAAUUUCUUCUUGGCAACCAAUUUUUUUUUUCAAAUAAGGAAGGGUAACUUUAGAACUCAGAGUUGACCUGUUUAGAGUUUUAGCUGUCUGGUAGGUGUAGCAAGAGGAACUUAAAACACUACUUUUCGCAGUUCCACAGUAUUAAUUUUCACAAACACACAGACACAACUUUAAAUCCAAACUCCUCAAGGAAAAAACAAAAAGAGAUUCACAAAUUUUUGACUUUGAAGCUUACCCAUUUUGGAGGCUACCAUUACCCAUCAAAUUGCCUUCUCAAUUGCUGAAUUUCUUAUUUUUCAAAGUUCAAAAAAAUCUUCAUCUGAAAUGUACUGUUAGGGUUUACGUCUUCUCUUCUUCUUAUUCUUCUUGGCUUUGAAUUGAAUAAUUUACUUAAGCUUCUAUAUAGAUAUAUCCAUAUCAAGGCAUUUCUGUGCACUUUCUACUUCAUAUUCAAAUGGGUCGUUCCCGUGGGAAAUUUCACUCUGCUGACGAAGACCCAAUCCAAAGAUCCAGGAGAAAGAAGAAUGCUGCCAGUGGAGAAAAUUUAGAAUCUUCAUCAGUAGGUCAAGGAACAAGUGAGGGGAAAAGGGCUUUAUACCAUUGCAAUUAUUGCAACAAAGAUAUUACUGGUAAGAUCCGUAUCAAGUGUGCGAUGUGCCCUGAUUUUGAUCUAUGUAUAGAGUGUUUCUCUGUUGGAGCAGAAGUAACCCCUCACAAAAGCAAUCACCCUUACAAGGUUAUGGAUAAUUUAUCUUUCCCACUCAUUUGCCCCAACUGGAAUGCAGAUGAUGAAACACUACUUCUAGAGGGAAUUGAAAUGUAUGGAUUGGGAAACUGGACCGAGGUUGCUGAGCAUGUUGGAACAAAGAGUAAAGAAAUGUGCAUUGAACACUAUACGAAUAUAUAUAUGAACUCCCCAUUUUUUCCUCUUCCAGACAUGUCUCAUGUAGUAGGGAAAAAUAGAAAGGAGCUUCUUGCUAUGGCUCAAGGACAUGGAGAGGACAAAAAAGGAUCUUCUAUGCUUGGGGAGCAUACUUUGAAGGAGGAGUCUCCAUUUUCUCCUUCCAGAGUCAAAGUUGAAGAAAUGCAUAAAGCUGGUCCCCCUGGUCGGUUACUGUCUACACUAAAUCCAGAUGUAGAAUCUGGGAUCCGUCCUAAUAGCCUGAAUGCAGCAGCAACAUCUGCCAUUAAGAAGGCAUCCAAAAUUGCCCGUGUUAAAGAUGGCUCCAAUAUCGUUAAGGUGGAAGAACCUCAAACAGACAGGAGUUUUAAAGGGAAAAAACCAAAUUCUUCUGGGAAGAAUGGAUCUUUAAUAGAGUCAAGUGGUUAUAAUGCCAAAAGGCAGGAGUUUGACCCUGAAUAUGACAAUGAUGCUGAACAAUUGCUGGCUGAGAUGGAUUUCAAAGAUACUGACACUGAAGAUGAGCGUGAGCUGAAGCUGCGAGUGCUCCGUAUCUAUUCAAAGAGGCUUGAUGAGAGAAAGCGUAGAAAGGAUUUCAUUUUGGAAAGAAAUUUGCUAUAUCCAAAUCUUUUUGAGAAGGACUUAUCUCCUGAAGAGAAGGCACUAUGCCGACGAUAUGAUGUCUUCAUGCGUUUUCAUUCCAAGGAAGAGCAUGAGGAAUUGCUUCAGACUGUGAUAUCAGAGCAUAGAACUCUGAAAAGAAUUCAAGAACUUAAGGAAGCCCGAGCUGCUGGUUGUCAUUCAUCUGCUGAUGCAGAUAGAUAUCUUGAACAGAAAAGAAAGCGAGAAGCUGAAGAAAGUUCCCAGAGAGCAAAAGAAAGUGGCCAGGUUGGUCCAAGCAACCAGGGAGGUCCAAAUGUUUUCAUUGGCUCAGACUCCAUUAGCAAAGACUCAAAUUCAAGACCAGCUGGACAGAGUUAUGUUAAUGAUUUGGAGAGAUUAGGCUUUUCCGAAGCACAGUUGCUGACUGAAUCUGAGAAACGCCUGUGUCAGGAGAUUAAGCUGCCACCUGCUGUCUAUCUUAAGAUGCAAGAGGUGAUGACAAAAGAAAUCUUCAUAGGCAAUGUCACUAAGAAAGCUGAUGCUCAUCCCCUAUUCAAGCUUGAAGCCAGCAAAGUUGAUAGAGUUUAUGAUGUUCUUGUGAAGAAAGGGAUUGCUCAACCAUGACGAAAUCUCACAUUCGUUCUGAAAUUUGAAUUUGUAAAUUCUUGUAUUCGUUUUGCCCCUAAGAAAUGAAAUAUACUUAAAAUUGCUAGUUA